CGUUUGACGAACAACCUGAAGCUAGUCGCGAAGAGACAGUAAAAACACUUGAUGUCAUCCAGUAUGGAUGUUUUUCUGUCCAUCGGACAAUAUAAACUAACGGGGAUGUACGUCGUUUGAAGCGUAUCCUUCGGGAAAUAAAUUAUUCCAACCAACAUUUCUUAACGAUCUUACAAUCUUUUAUCAUACGGGUCAACAGGGUUAUUAGUACAAAAUGCCACGACGAAAGAAUAAUAGGCAUCGUAUUAUCGGGGAAGACACAAAGAUCGCAGUAAAUUUAACAAUGAAGAAACUUAUGGAGUCUCCCGAUCAAAAAGAAUUAGAAUUCCCAUCAUCGUAUUCUGCAGAGGAAAGAGCUUAUAUUCAUAUACUAGCAAAUGAAUUGGGCUUGAAAUCUAAGAGUCGAGGUAAAGGGGCAAAUAGAUUUGUGACAGUAUUCAAGCGUGAACAAUCAACCAUAGUACAGGCCGAUGCAAUGAUAAAGUUACAAAAACCAUCACGUCAGGGGAUCUAUAAUUUGAUACAAAAGUUUCCUCUGAGCUGCAAAGAACAACAAGAUCUUCUUCCCCCAACCGAAAGGGAUCGUGUUGUAAGUUCGGAUGUGAUAACAAAUACAAAAGCGAUGGGUCGCUUAAACAAUAGCAUACCUCAGGUUCCACAAUUAAGAACCAAUCUCGACGUAUUGCCCUUCCGUAAGUCUCUGCCAGUAUUCGGAAUGCGAGAAGAGAUAGUCCAAGGCCUGUCGUCGAGUCAGGUGUUGAUAAUAGCAGGUGAAACUGGCUGUGGUAAAACUACGCAAGUCCCCCAGUACAUUUUAGAGAAUUGUCAACAAAGGGGCCAACCUUGUAGAAUAAUUUGCACGCAGCCCAGAAGGUUGUCAGCCGUAUCGGUCGCAGAGAGAGUUGCCUUCGAAAGGGAUGAAAAGAUUGGUCAAACUUUUGGGUAUCAGAUCCGACUAGAAAGCAGAGUCGCUCCGAAGACGUUAUUAACUUACUGCACCAAUGGUGUACUCCUUCGCACCUUGAUGGGUGGUGAUUCUGUCCUGACAACGAUCACUCACAUAAUAGUUGACGAGGUCCAUGAACGCGAUCGCUUCUGCGAUUUCCUUCUGAUAGCCCUGAAAGAAGCGCUGGUCAAGUUCCGCUCCCUAAAGAUCAUCCUCAUGAGCGCCACCAUGGACACCAACGUCUUCGUCAAGUACUUCAACAACUGCAAUGUAAUCAACAUACCCGGACGCUCCUUCGACGUGGACACGUACUUCUUGGAAGACGUCCUUGGAAUAACCGGCUACAUGACAGACGAGAUGCUCGCCAAGAAGAAGGAACUCACCAACCAGAAGGACCAAAAGAAAGUUUUAGAGUCCUGGACACAGUACAAACCUCAACGCGGCAACGCAAAUCCACCCAACGAGAGGAAUACCUUGCCAGCUUCCAUUCUGGGCCAGCAGAGUGAACACGCGUCCGAAAAAAUCGAGCUGGAUUCGUGGCAGGCCGAAAAGAUGGACAAGCUCAUCUCCGAAGCGUGGCUGUGCGGUGGCGAGGACAACUUCGCCCAGCUUUUGCACUUCAUUCUUUCGGAGAACAUCUCCGUUGACUAUAAGCACUCCCAAACCUCGGUAACUCCGUUGAUGGUCGCAGCUGGUCGCGGUUGUAUCAACACUACCGAACAACUACUGACCUUGGGAGCGAAUCUGAACAUUCGCGCAGGCAAUGAAUGGAUAGCUUUGGAUUGGGCCAAGAAUAUGAACCAGUUGGAAUGUGCCGAACUAAUAGAGGCCUACAUGAGGACCUACGAUUGCAUGGAACAGGGAGGCAGCAUCAUGCCCACCAAGGAUAGCACUAUGUCGGAAGAGGAUAAGUUUCUGCUGGACAUUUACCACAACACCUUCAGAGACGAGAACAUCGACUACGAACUCAUCCUGUCUCUCAUCGUGCACAUCCACCUGAAAAUGCCGCAAGGUUCUAUUCUGAUAUUCCUUCCAGGCUACGACGAUAUAGUCAUUUUGAGGGACAAGAUAAACGGGGAGGAGAAGAUGAAUCAAGGCUUGCGCUACAACCUCUUCGUCCUCCAUUCCAACAUGCAGACGAUCGAUCAGAAGAGGGUUUUCAGGCCCUGCCAACAGGGCACGCGGAAAAUCAUCCUCUCGACCAACAUCGCCGAGACCAGUAUUACUAUUAACGACGUCGUCUAUGUGAUCGACUCCGGCAAAGUGAAGGAGAAGUCGUUUGACUCUAUUUCUGGGGUCUGCAUGUUACGCUCCAACUGGAUAUCUCAGGCCUGCGCAAAGCAGCGAAAAGGACGAGCCGGCAGAUGCCAGAAGGGAGCAUGUUACAGGUUGUUCUCGUCGGUGAGGUACAACGCCAUGCAGCCUUACCAAACACCGGAGAUCCUGAGACUGCCGCUGCAGGAAUUGUGCCUCUACACGAAGCAUUUGGCUCCUGGGAACACUCCUAUUGCCGAAUUCCUGGACAAGGCUCUGGAGCCACCGUCUAACAUGGUAACGAGGCACGCCGUACAGCUUCUGAAGACCAUUGACGCUUUGGAUCCCUGGGAAGACCUCACGGAACUAGGCAGUCAUCUUCUGGACCUGCCGGUUGAACCGAGGCUCGGGAAGAUGUUGCUCUAUGCCGUUGUCUUGAAGUGCCUCGACCCCAUCUUAACGAUAGUCUGCAGCUUGGCCUACAGGGAUCCCUUUGUCCUGCCAUCUCAGCCAUCCGAGAAGAGAGCCGCCAUGGCCGCCAGGAAGAAAUUCGCUUCUGGUACGUACUCCGACCACAUGGCGGUGCUCAGAGCCUUCCAGAGCUGGCAGAGCUCACGAGCGAACGGCCUCGAGAGGAAUUUCUGUGAGAAGAACUACAUUUCCGCUCCGGUGAUGGAGAUGAUCGUGGGAAUGCGCACUCAGCUUCUGGGACAACUACGUGCCUCCGGAUUCGUCAAGUCCAGAGGGUCCGGCGACAUCAGGGAUUUGAACUCCAACUCGGAAAGCUGGGCAGUCGUGAAGGCUGCUUUGACCGCAGGACUCUACCCAAAUUUGAUUCGAGUCGACCGAGAACACUCUCAGUUGAGGACACAGAAAGAAGUAAAGGUCCACUUCCAUCUCUCGUCAACUCUAAGGGACUUUCCGAAGUCUCCUAGGACUACGUUGGCGCAGUCCCAUUCCGCGAAUGUGGACAGUUUACCUACCGAUUGGCUGAUCUACGAGGAGAUGAGUCGGUCGGGACAUUUCUGCCACGUGAAGACUGUUACAUUAGUCAAUCCUGUAACCAUCGCGCUCUUCAGUGGACCAGCUAGACUACCGAUGGACGCGAUUUACGAGGCGGAACUCAUCUUGGAGAGUGAAUCCGAUUCCGAGGUCGACGAGAGUCACGAUGGCAUGACAAUGUUGAAACUUGAUGACUGGGGGGUCUUCAAGCUGGACUAUGAGGCAGCUCAAUUGUUGCUGCAUUUAAGACAGAAGUGGAACGCUUUGUUCCUUCGUCGAAUGAAAGCACCGAGCAAGCUGAUGUCUCAGUUGGACGAGCAGGUCGUAAGGACGGUAGUGGCUGUCAUUACUAACGAGGAACAGGCUUGCGGUCUCCAGCAACCUUCUGGCAUUGGUCAGAGACCUCGACCACUGAUCGUCGAUUACUAUCCAGCAAAUGCUAGGAGAGCUGACGAUUUUCAGGAGAGAAACUUCUAAGGCUGUGAUUCAUUAACUUUUAAUGCAAGAGUCGUAAACAGUUCUCUUUUACAGGCUUAAAGAAAAACUUGUAGACUUCGUUUCACGCUGAUUAACGCUGGAUUAAACAAUUGCGUCGAAGGAAAACAACGGCACAACUUUCUCCAUUGUGCAACAAUGUCCAUUCUCUGUUACGAAUAAGUGUUGCCAUUCUAAAAAUGAAAAGAAAUAGCAAGAUUACUUAUCUUGGUUCAAGUAUUUCCUACAGACACAUGUGAAUUAGCUGCUUACAGUGUACCUACGUAGCGCAGUUGUUAGUUGAACUGUAACGAAUCUUUUGUACAUGUUGACAUUGCAUGAUACUUUUUAUUAAUAGUAGAUGUGUAAGCAAACGGUUACAGAAUGCGAAAAUGUCGAAUGUCGAACAUCGCAACCAGUACUGUGUGUUAAUGAAGAGGAGUUUUCUAGUUUUCUAGUAUUAUCUCCGCUGUGAUGAUUAAAUCGAUGGAAUAUCUCUUAA